CAAGGAACGCGCGUGGCAGGUGAAGCUGCACCUAGACCACGAAACACAAGAGGGCGCAGCUUUGGCUAUGAAUCUCCUCGUCCACUGAUAGGCACUGUUUGGUUCUCGUUUUUGACACAUACAUUACAGUUACGCCUGACCCAUGCUGGUCGCGUCGUCAGAUGGAUGCCUAAUUUCUCGGUCACCAACAGAGUUCAGCUCCACUUCCAUGCGCUCAUACUCUGAUGUUAAAACUACGAUUAUCUCAAUAAACACUCGGACCUCAGGAUCUGCCUGGCAAUCCCUCUAGCGAUCACACUACUCCAUCAUCCCGAUCUGCUUACGCGAGGCGCAUUGGCCUGCCUUCAACAUUCAUCUCGAACCCAAGGCCGCGAACUAGUUGAUCAAGAUGCCUUCAGGGGGGUCUGAAUCGCCAGAUGAGAGCUUCUUCAACGACCUUACUCAAUCAACUCUGGAGUCGAACACUACCAAUGACCGAGAGAUGCAACAAGAAGACAGCACGACCAAACCCAAAAGAAUAGCUUGCGUUUUAUGUCGAAAGAGGAAGUUACGAUGCGAUGGCGCUCGACCGACAUGCGCAACUUGCAAUAGGUUAUCUCAUACAUGCGCCUAUGACGAAGUGCGAAAGAAGAGCGGUCCAAAGAGGGGUUACGUGAAGCUGCUUGAACAACGACUACAGCAAGUAGAGACGCUUCUGAAGACCCAAGAUGUACCUGAUCAGAGCAAAGACGCCCCCCGCCAGGACCCCGCGUCCGCAUAUGUCGCGAACACCAUUCAACAAGCGUUGCCGAACUCAAACGAUUACCCAAAUGGCACAGAUAAAGCUCCAGGACCUUUCUCGGGGGCGGACACAUCACGAGCUGGGUCAUUUCAAGCUGGUGAUACAACCACGAAUACCGGUGAACAAUAUUUCCCAUGGGAGAUGAUAAGUCUAGGCUUAGAGGAACCAAUGCCACCUCAGGAUGUCAUGGAUGAUCUAUACCAGAUUUACUUCGCCAAGAUACACCCCUCGGCGCCUAUCAUCCACAGACCACGCUUCCUGGCUGCAUUGAACCUUGCGCCUCACAUGCGCCCGCCGAUCUGUCUACGCUACAUCAUGUGGACUAUGGCAGCCUCUGCUACGGACAAGUAUGCGGGCAUGCAGGAUCAUUUCUAUCAACGUGCGAGAAAGUACGCUCAGAUGGACGAGAUGAAGGGUCAUGGAGAAUCAACAAUCAGCGUUGCACAUUGCCAGGCGUGGAGUCUGAUAUGUCAGUAUGAGUUUAAGCAAAUGUACUUCCCCAGAGCGUGGCUGUCAGCAGGAAGAGGAGUGAGACUGGCGCAGAUGAUGCAACUUCAUCGUCUAGACGGAGUGGGGCUUGAUGUCAAACAAUGCAUUUGCCCACCAAAAGACUGGACGGAACGAGAAGAGCGCAGACGAACGUUUUGGUUUGCCUUUUGCAUCGAUCGAUACGCUAGUAUUGGCACUGGAUGGCCCAUGAUCAUCGAUGAACGAGAUAUCCUGACCAACCUUCCGGCGAGCGACGAUGCGUUUGACAAAAGCAAACCGGCGCCCACAGGAUCCUUGGACCAAGUACUGAGUCCGAACGGCGCAGCAAACCUCCAACCAUUCGGUGCUAUCGUUUUGAGUGCGGCGAUGUUUGGCCGAAACCUUCUACACCUUCACCGACCUGGGCCAGAUGAUCGUGAUGAGGAUCUCAAUGGCGAAUUCUGGAACCGACACCGUAAUAUUGAACAGAUACUUCUGCAAACUUCGCUGGGUCUUCCUGACCACCUACGUUUACCGUCUGCCGUGUCGAAUCCUAACGUCGUUUUCGCGAACAUGUGCAUUCACACUUCAGUCAUCUGUUUACACCAGGCUGCAAUCUUCAAAGUGGAUAAGCAUCAACUACCGGUUCAUGUCAGCAACGAGAGUAAGACUCGAUGCGUUACCGCCGCAGCCGAAAUAGCAUCUAUCAUGCGCAUGGUUAGCCACAUGGACCUGAGCGCAUUGAAUCCUUUCAUCUCCUUCAGCGUCUACGUGGCAGCAAGAGUGUUCGUCCAAUAUUUGAAGACUCGACCGAAUGACCAGCAAAUGAUAUCCACAUUGCAGUUCCUUCUACAAGCGAUGCAAGCUCUCCGCCGAAAGAAUCCACUCACGGAAUCAUUUUUGGCGCAGUUGGACCUCGAUCUCGAGAGUGCUGGCAUAGAGGGCUUGCAGAGACCAUAUCUGCCUCCAAACCCGAUGGCAACCACCAUUCCUGCCAAUUACGACGCAGUCGAGUGCAGUUCCAUCUUCACGGUUCGGGAAACACAAAACCCGAACGCGCCAAUCAAUCAAUUCAACAACGGUAAUCCUGUCCCUCGCAGUCCAGACUCAAUGGCACAGUUAGCCAGUGCCCAGCCGGGACCGCCGCCAUUCUAUCUCUCAAAAGUCAACAUAGAUAUGAAUACCCUCGAUACAACUUACGUCCCUUCACAGCCUGGUCAGCAAGGAACUGUUCCCCAAACCAGCUCUAUGGGCUCAAACAGAUUUCAUUCCGUGGCAUUCGGUUUCAACGACACGACCGAUAUGGACAUGUUAGCCGAUCGAAGUAGUGACCAACCCAGCCCAUCUACAAUCAACUCUCAGUCUAAAGGCGGCUCAACGUCGCAUUCGUCUUAUUCUCCUGGUCAACAAACCGAACAUCAUCUCCCCUAUCGAGCGUCUCCGAGGCCUGCAUCAGGCCAAUUACACGCUACCUCACAACCUACCGCUACAAAUUCAUAUCAAGAUUUCUCGUCCAGUGAAGCGGUGUUUGCAAACGCAUUCAGUAUGCCAGGCAAUACAAAUGAGAUCUUUCCAAAUACAGAAUUUCCAGUGGGAAUGGGGAGCGAUUGGGAAUUUAAUGCUAUGAGCGCGGGCACUGGGAUGACGCCUAUGUCUAAUGCGACGUGGGAGCAGAUGAUGCAGAAUGUUAAUAUGGGAUGGGACGGACUUACUAUGCCUCCUGAAGAGCAGCAGUCUCAUACGGGGUGAGUGUUAUGAUUUAGACAGAUGGGCAGGAUAUUACAUUUGGUUCAUGAGCAAGAUACCCAAUUUCCCUUUAUCGGACUUUAGAGUAUGUAUUUUCGACGGAUUCCACCACUCUGGUCUUGGUUUCGAGGCAUGUACAUUGUGAAACAGUGUAAAAGACUAUUUUGGUUCAUUGGGUGGGCAUGGAUCGAGCUUGAUAUCGUCACCACUUGUGUACAAUAAUUUCUAAGAACUUACUCGCACACUUGCAGCCUAACUAAACCUCUACGUC